GUGUACCGUCAUACCCGUGCGUCCAGCGCUAAUAAGAGGAUCUUCUCGCUGCUGCUUCUUGUUAUAUAGUUCUGUGUCAUUGUAUACUACACUUCACUGGGUGCUGGGUCAUAGUUCUGGAGGAUGGGCUGCUCGCUGACAGGUCUUCAGCAAGCAACCACUGAAAGAAUUAUGAGUAACCUGGAGGGUGAAGCUGAGGAUACUGCUCCUCCAGCAGAGGAAGGAAGCCACCAGGAGGGGAUGGAGGCUUCUGAUGAAGAUUUCCAGUUAUUUGAAAUGGUGGAGUUAACUGGGGAACGUCACUCCUUAUUGCUAGCACCUCGGUCGCUACCGUCACAUCUACAACCAUCUGACGCUUCUCCUACCACAGAUGUCUUCAACAUUCUUAUGGCAGACAUCUCUGGUUCUAUGCAUAUGUAUUGGCCACAUGUUGUUUCUGGAUGGCAGAAAUACAUUAAAGACAAGCUCUUAGGACAUACCAAGAUUUUUGUGUUUGACUGUUCAGUAACAUUUAUACGCACUGGUACAACCUUAACUCAAGAGGAUUACACCGGAGGUGGGACAAAUCUUACUUCAGCCUUAAAAACUGUUCGUGAAGAAGUGGAUAACUGUAAAGAAGAAUAUGUAAGGAUUUUCAUUGUAACAGAUGGUCACCAUGGUGAAGGCCCUCCAUUACCUGAAACUGAAAUUAUUCAGAUGAGUGCACCACAAGGCAAGACUGUAGAUGUUUUCCUUCUUGGUAUUGGAUUGGGUUUUCCAGUAAAUUAUAGUAUUGAUAUGCGAUCAUACAUGCACAAUGGCAAUUCUAAUUUGCCAUCUUUAUUUUGGGCUAAAGAGGAUUCAGAAAUUGAAGAUCAGAUGAUGUCCAUUGGAAAUGAGCUCAAUUCUGCACUAAUAAAGCUUAACCUAAGCCUCCCUGGAUAUAUCCUGCCAGGUUUAGACAGGACUACACUAAUUCAUUUUGGUGAGUGGAGUUACUUCCCAGAACCACCUGAGGAACUCCAUGGGCUAACAUUGAAGGUUGAUGAUGAAGAGCCAAAGAUGUUAUCAUUAGAGAUUACAAAAAUGCCUGUGAGCCUGUUACUUGAUCAAGUGUUUCGUCAGUGGAAUUCAGUUUUGAUUCAGCAACAUCGUAAAAAUCUGCAUGUCCCAACUGAAACGUUUGAUCUUAUGGAUUCAUUAUUUAAUUAUUUAAUGAAUGAAAUUAACUCUGAACUUGGAGAUGGAAAUAGUGUACAGCUACGUUUGAAAAAGAAGAGAGCAAAGAGCUAUGAAGUAGAGUAUGCAACACUUCUGAAUCAUAGCAAGACUAUUAUUUUAAUUGAAGGCAAAUAUAGCGAUGAAAUAGAACUCGCUGAAACCAUUCUGAAAAGCACUGUCAAAGGUAGAAAAUAUGGUACAAGAACUUUAAAAAUAAAAGGUCAUGGACAGGAUGACUAUGAAACUGACUUGAAGGAUUUUGCUCGGAUGUAUCAAAAUUUAAAGCAGAGAAUUCUAGAACUGCCACAACCUACACCUGAAGACUGCUGUAGAAUCACAAUGUCAUCUACAUUACAAGAUAUGCAAGAUCCUGACUUUGAUUUAAUGUUCAACGAGAACAAGUUUGAUCUUUUAAAGUGUUUUACAAUGACAGGGAUUCCAGUGUAUGCUCCAGUUUCUGAUGCCUCCCAGAUAAAUCCAUGGACUUUAGGCAUCCAGCAUAUUCUUGUAACACCCUUUACAAUACUCAGCCAGAGAGCUAUUGAAGCAUAUGCUGAUAGUGGUGAUAGCCUAGGAGAAACAGACAAAGAUGUUAUACUUCAAAAAGAUGAUGAAAAAACUCGUUUCAAUGCUAUAAUUCCUAUUGUUCCUACUAGUGCAGCAAGUGUCUUGAAGCCACUCAUUCGUUCCAACCUGUAUGCAAUGAUGGCUACAUUUUGCAUCUUGAAAAAUCCUCAUAUUAUUGACCAUGAUGCACACAUUGCUUCUCUAGGUUGUGCUUGGGUGAAAUCUGUAGUUGAAUAUCCCCCCAAAGAUCGUCCAGAAUUUGUCUCUGAUAGACUAAAAAAUAUUAUUUCUACAGCUAACUUGUAUAUGGAUCGAGCAAGGAUAGUUUGCUAUGUGACUGCUCUAAUAAAUCAUCCACAGCAAGCCCUCAUGACAGAAAGCACUGAUGUUUUUAAUGAGAAAACACUGAAGUGUGAGUCACUUGUAAAACCCAUGUUCUUCAUUCAUCUGGAAAAGGACAAAUUUACGAUGCCUCAAGUUGAGAACCUUCUGAAACUAAUGCUAGCAGAGUACAUCGGACGUUGUCUUGCUGACUACAGAGUGUAUAAUGAUGCUACCCCUUUUACAGAUUUCUUUGUUGAAGAACUCAGUGACAGCGAGAAGAAGAAAUUAUUGCUUGAAAAGUACUCACAGAGUGUAAUUGAUGACUUCCAGUUGAUUCAUGGUAACCUCACAGAAAAUUUUUUCACUCUUGAUGACUUGCGAUGCAUCAUCAAGCAGCACGCUAUUACCCAGGCUGCUACUUUAGCCGUAAAGUUAAUGGAAGACAUAACUAUACAAGUUAACAUGAAAAAGGUAAAAAAACUGAAGAAUUUAGGGAGCUGUGGUGAUAUCAGAUUUACAUCAUUCCAGACAUGGGCACAAGAAAUGGGAAUUUCUGAUGACGAAAUUGAGAGAGCUACUAACCUAUCUCAGGUUCUUGUGUAUGUAAGUGAAGCUCUUCAACAUAACAGCUCAAGGGACCGCCGCUCUAAAGAUUUAGAUACGAGUGAAAAAGCUCUCAAAUUGAUCAAGGAAAAAGUGACACAAGAAAAUGCAAGGAAUCUCAAAGAUAUUUUAUUGACAGAGGUUGAAGAGUUUGCUGUUCAAGAGUGGCACAAGGCUUAUAUGACAAUUCACAGUCCAUUGGUAAUGCCUCUAACCUGCAAACAGAUUGUUGAAGCGGCUCAGGCUAAAGGAAUUGAAGUUACAGAAGAAACUUUCAAUCAGGUUUAUAGGUAUAAUGUGGAUCUAAAACUGCUGCGCAAUGCAUGUCAGAUUCCAGGCUGCCCCCAUUAUUUGGUUCCACAUAGAAAUUUCAACCAGCACCUCGCAGUUGAGAGGGAACAGGGAAACUUUCCACAUUCUCUUCACCUGAUUUCUUACCAGUUCAGUGAUAAGGACAUAGAGACAGUUAUGCAAGAGGCAGUUACAGGCUCACACACUGGAAGACAAAAGAGGAAAAACCCUCCUGUUCCUGAUGAUUCAUCUCUAAAUCCUCUGAGGAAUGAACUGGAAACCCUUUUGCAAGAGUACAAGAAAGAUCGCAAAUAAGGUAUUGAAAUAUGCCAAUGAUCUCAACACAGAAAAGAGCAGAAGGCAUGAAACAUUCCAAGGCCAUAAGAGCGCUCUACAACAGGAUAAGAGCAAUGGCGUUAAAAAUGGAUAACAGCUCAUGAAAAAAAAAAAAAGUUCACAAAAACAAGUCCCACAAGGUGUAGCUUACAAAACAGAAUCCAUGGUACAUUCUACAUCAAAGGUCACAAAUCAGCAAACAAGUUUUAAGGAAAGGGUGGGGGGGGGGCAAAGAAUACAAGGGGUGUAGUGUUUAGAAUGAUGUAACCUAUGGAGAAUGCACAUAUAAAUAAGUUUGUAAUUGUGUACAAAAACCAUCUUAAUAUUACAAGAUUUUUUUAAUGAACACUGCAUUAAAAUCCUUGUAUACUAGAGCUACAGGCCAUCAUUCAGCAUACAGUAGUUGGCACAUCAGAGACAUUAAAAUAAGUGUUUAAUAACAUGUAUCUAUGUGAAAGUCAUAAUGACCAGUAGAUUCAACAGUUUUUGCAAUUUGCCAGUAUUCUCAAUGGGUUACUUUGAAAACACUAUAUUCAUAGGGAAAGCACUAAACCUGUAGGGGAUCACACAGUGCUUGAGUAAUUGUAAUUAUUACUAUAAUAAAAAAGAAGCGCUAAGCCACAAGGGCUAUACAGCGUUGAGUAAUGGUAAGCAAUUAGAUUUUAUUUCAAGGGAGGAAAGGGUAGUUAUAAUUCCUUUGACAGAGGCUUUUAGCAGCAUCAAGACAUCCCCUCCAUUGAAGACUCUUCCAGGGAGGUGCCUUGAUACCAGUCAGGGGCUUUUGAUCCAAGAAAUUGAAACUCCUCCUUUCAAUUGAACCUGAAUGCCUCCCAGGCACUACAUGACCCCUGUGGAUUAAAAUGAAUCCUCCACUGAAGAGAGUAAUGGGAGAAAGGGGGAAAUCAGGCUUUAUCCAAGGAAAAGAUAGCUGUUAAUUCCUGGGAUUGGAGACCUUUCAACAGGAAGCACCCUGUUUCCCUCCCCUUGGUGUGUAUUUAAAGUAGCACCUAUGUAUACAGCAUUGAUGGAGAAGUUGUAAACCCUUGCAGGCCAUACAUCACCUGGAAAAAAAAAAAUGAGUGGUAUGUUUGAUCUGAGAAAGGCAGCUCCAAUUCUUAAGAGCAAGAGUCCUUCCACAUCAAGGGCACUACCUGCUAAUAUGUUAAAGAGCAAGUGCCAAAUUUUACAAUAAAAGACAAACCCUUUAGUAAUAUCUGGCUGGUCAAACAUUCAAUGCAACAAACUGCCAAAAUCUCAAUGUGUCUGGCAAAUCAUGUCUGGAGUAUAUUUUGAUAUGACUGAUCUUUGUGUAACAUACAUCUCUUUUUUCCCCACCCUGUUAUUACUUCAUUAUACUAGAGUUCGUGUAAAUACUAUAUUGAACAUUUCCUCCCACCCCAGACACAUGCUAAAAUACUUUUUGUAAUGUAAUCCUUAAACUGUAACAGAUCAAUAAAAACUGAACAGGAUA